AUGCACUCCAGCACUCUCCUUGCCUCUCUGGCCUUCGCGGCUGCCGUCAGUGGCGCUCCUCCCAAGCGCCAUGGCGCCCAUACGCACUCGUCUAUCCUGAACCUGAAGAGCAAGAUUAAGAACGUCGUCGUUCUGGAGAUGGAGAACCGCGCCUUCGACAAUAUCCUUGGAGGCCAGACGCUCAAAGGUCUGGAGAACCCGAUUAACAGCGGGCCCUUCUGCCUUCCAUACAACGUGAGCAACCCGUCAGCGGGCAGGGUAUGCAGUAAAGCGAGAGACUACGACUCCGUGUCUGAUGAUCCGGACCACAUGGUGACGGGCAACAACGCCGAAUUCUUUGGGACCUUCACCCCGGACAAUGCCGCCAUCGCGGCUGGCAAGCUCACGCCACAGCAGAUGGGAUUCGUCCAGGAGCAGAUUCGCAUGUACCCGGAUGUCAAUAAGACGCUAUUGGCCCAGCAGGUCCUCAAUUACUACACCGAGGCGCAGGUGCCGGUCUUGACAUCGCUGGUGCAGAACUAUCUGACCUUUAACCACUGGCACUCGGACCACCCUGGAGUAAGUAGAUUCCCCCUAGACAACCGCUUCAUACCACUGACCCUAUCCAAGCCCACAAACCCCAACCGCGCCUUCGUCCUGUCUGGAACCUCCGCCGGCCACGGCACCAACGACGACGCGUUCGACGCCGACGUGCACAGCCUGAAGCAGCGCACGAUCUUCCAGCAACUGGGCGAGACCAAUCACACCUGGAAGAACUACUACACAGCCGCCGAUGAGGGCAUGAUCGACUCCUUCUUCUUCGACUGGACCUUCACCAGCGGCAACACCGACAAGGCCCAGCCGCUGGCGAACUUCAUGAAAGAUGCCGCCGCCGGCAACCUGCCCGAGUUCAGCUUCAUCGACCCGUCCUGCUGCGACGUGGGCACUAACUCCAUGCACCCGUCCGGCCUCGUCUCCGACGGCGAAGCCCUCAUCAAAUCCGUCUACGACGCCGUCCGCGCCAGCCCCCAGUGGAACGAGACCCUGAUGGUACUGACCUUCGACGAGACGGGCGGCUUCCACGACCACGUGCCGCCGCCGCUGGCUGUGCGUCCGGACAACUUGACAUACACCGAGACAGCCCCGAACGGAGAGAAGUACACGUUCGAAUUUAAUCGGUUAGGCGGCCGUGUACCGACGCUGCUCAUCUCGCCGUGGAUCGCCAAGGCCCAGGUCGAGCAGAAGGGCACCAACUCGAACGGGGAGACGGUGUCGUACUCGGCGUCAUCGCUGCUCCGGACUCUGGGGUACCUGUGGGACUUUGCUCCAUUCACGCCACGCGUCGAGCAUGCGGCGUCGUUUGAGCAUCUCAUUCAGAGCACCCAGCGUACGGAUACGCCGGCUACGCUGCCGAGUCCGGUGGCUUUCCACGGCCGCCGCCGCCGUGUUUGA